AUGUGGAAGUUUAAGGUGUUGGUGGCGGCUGCGGUAGUUAUUAUAGCAGCACAAAUUAAUUCAGUGAAAAUAGUUAACCAAGAGGAGUUUGAAAUACUGUGUGGUUUUGUGCGUUUAACACUUGCACCAGCACCACUAAUACAAUUGUCUCAGAGGAUAAAAAAUGAAGCUGUGGGUGCGGCGGUGGAUGCAAUUUAUUCUGAGCCCAAUCAGGAACAUCUGUGGAAAAAGCUAUCACCAAAUUGUGAAGCGCACCAAAUAAGUGACAGGGAAAGCGUGUGCGAUGCCUAUGCAAGGUUCAAACAUGAGGCGGAAGAGCGAUUGAAAACGUCUAGACUCACAGAACCAGAACUGACGGACUAUUCACCUGAUGUUCUCGAUCAUCUAGAGAAAGCGUUCAAACUCUAUCAAGCGAGUGAGCUUGAGGGUAAACAAACUAGUAUCGUAACUUUGCAAGAGGGGAUAAACUCAAUUAUGUAUGGAGAGAAUGACAGUGGUGGCAAUUCCCUGUGGGGAGACCACUUUCGCAACGAAGAUUGCGGAACUGUGCUGGGGCAACGUCCAAAAUAUGCUGGUGGCGCGCUAGUUACGGACCUUUUGUGCUUAUGUGCGCAGCACGUGAAUGGAAGUGACACCAAGCAUCUGUGUUGCGAAGGCUGCAGCUGGAGAAGUAAUACUACUGUGUGGAGCGAGGAAGGCGGUCUUAAACUACAGUGGGAGAUACUCAGGGAGAAAUGUAUCGGGUACAACAUGGAUCUCGCAAAUCCAAAAGACAGACUGAAGAGACUACGUGAAGAAAUGGAGUGCAGAACCGUGCCAAGAGGCAUCGGUAGCCGUAAAGGAUUGUUUGUUUACACAUAUGGUGAGCUGGAAAAGCGGGAACUGGUCUCUUGCGGCGGGGAAGACCGACAGGAUUCUGGAGCGUGUGUCCUCUAUGAAUGGGGAGGAACCCAAAUCCAAACCGCAAGAAUACCUUGGAUGCAGCGACUCGAGAAACUUGUCGACAUGUUGCCAAAUGUUUCGGAGGAAUCAGACAGAAUGGAAAAAAGAAGGAGACAAAUAGAGAACAUCGUGUAUCGAGUAAACGAAACUUCAAAAAAACAGCCCAAAUUAGAGAAGAAAGAGGCGUUAUCACAACAAGAUACACCACACCCACCUCUCGGAGAUGUACUCCAAACAUUUACUGACAACCCCAACACUGAGGGCGAAGCUAGGGAAAAGCAACAAGUAAAGAAUGAUUCUUCAGACAAAUCUGUUGAGAUUAAGCCCGCUGAGGGGCGAACCCCAGGAAUCGGUAUCCGUCCACUAAAAAGUGCGAGUAAAAUUGGUACACCCCUGACGAUGUUUUUAUUGUUAUUAUGA